GCUACAUUCACGAAAGUUAAAGGAAUUGCUCAAAAAUGCCGAGUCAAGAGGUUGUAACAACGAAAGUUGUGGUGCAUCCUUUAGUUUUAUUAAGUGUAGUGGAUCACUUUAAUCGUAUGGGAAAAAUUGGUAAUCAAAAAAGAGUUGUUGGUGUUCUUUUGGGAUGUUGGAGGGCGAAAGGCGUGCUAGACGUGUCAAAUAGUUUUGCAGUUCCUUUUGAUGAAGAUGAUAAAGACAAAAGUGUGUGGUUCCUUGAUCAUGAUUAUCUUGAAAAUAUGUAUGGAAUGUUCAAAAAAGUUAAUGCUCGUGAAAAGGUAGUAGGUUGGUAUCAUACUGGACCUAAAUUACAUCAAAAUGAUGUUGCAAUUAAUGAAUUAAUCAGAAGAUAUUGCCCCAAUUCUGUUUUGGUCAUCAUUGACGCUAAACCUAAAGAUCUUGGUCUUCCAACAGAAGCAUAUCAAGCUGUUGAAGAAGUUCAUGAUGAUGGCUCUCCAACAUCUAAGACUUUUGAACACAUUCCUAGUGAAAUUGGUGCAGAGGAAGCAGAGGAAGUAGGUGUAGAACAUUUAUUAAGAGAUAUUAAGGAUACCACAGUUGGUACCCUUAGUCAAAGAAUUACAAAUCAAUUAUUAGGUUUAAAAGGCCUUCAUGAACAAAUUAGAGAAAUUAGAGAUUAUUUGCUGCAAGUUGGUAGUGGUAAAUUACCUAUUAAUCAUCAAAUUGUUUAUCAGCUACAAGACAUUUUUAACUUACUCCCUGAUAUGACACAAACUAGCUUUGUUGAUUCACUUUAUGUGAAAACAAAUGAUCAAAUGUUAGUUGUGUAUCUUGCUGCUCUUGUUAGAUCUAUAGUGGCUUUACACAAUUUAAUCAAUAAUAAAUUAACUAAUCGUGACGCUGAGAAAAAAGAAACAGAUAAAAAGGAAACAAAAAAGGAUGAGAAGAAAGAAGAAGAAAAAAAAGAUGAGAAAGAUAAAAUAAAAAAUAAAAGUCAGUGAACAAAGUGAAACUGAAACUAAUUUGUGUGAUUGAGACUGUUAACAUUACAGAAGUUCACAAUUGCAAAGUUUGUUUAUACAUGUACAAAUGUAUUUUGUGCUUACAAACAAUUGGUAUUUCAAAUUAACACCAAAAUAAAACAAAUGACGAAUGUUUUUAAAA